AUGGUGUUUGCAUCGACGUCAAGGCUGUUUGCGAGCUUUGCAAGCUUGACAAGCACACGUGCUUUUAGCGGGAUGCGCAGAGUUUCUUGGGGUAGAUCUAGCUCUAGGCUGACAAACGAGGAUUGUGCUAGAACGAUGCGCCAGUUUUCAUCAUCAAGGAUCGCAGACGCAAGUCCACGCACCAAACACCUCGCACAGCACGGUAGCGGUGCCAAGCUGAAAUCGCAUUCAGGGACCAAGAAGCGAUGGACGCCGCUUGGAAGCGGCAGUGGAAAGGCAUACCAGCUCACAUUCAAACGUGGCCUCGCCGGAAAGAGCCAUCUCAACUCUCACAUGCCCCGAGACAGACUCAACAACCUCGGCGGUACAGCUUUGAGCCCCAGAGGCCGCAUCAACAGGACUUUGAGAAGACUUCUCGGCCCCAGCCUGUAA